GGGUACUAUAAAUAGGGUGGCGGUCCGCUUGCUCUAACCUCCUCCGCUUCAUUUCGUAUUUCUGUGUUGCUCGUUUUCCGGCGAGGUAGUUAGGGUUCCGGCGCCAAUGGCAUUGCUUCCAGAUCUAGGGACGGAGAUUGUGAUUCCGGUUUGUGCGGUUAUUGGAAUCGUGUUCUCCCUGGUUCAGUGGUUCCUCGUGUCAAAAGUGAAGGUCACGCCGGACAGUACGGGCGAUUCGGCUGCGAAGAACGGGAAAAAUGGUUACGGAGACUACUUGUUGGAGGAAGAAGAUGGAAUCAAUGAUAACAACGCUGUCGUGAAGUGUGCCGAGAUCCAAAACGCCAUUUCUGAAGGUGCAACAUCUUUUCUGUUCACGGAAUAUCAAUAUGUGGGUAUUUUUAUGGUUGCUUUUGCAAUCAUUAUCUUCUUGUUCCUGGGCUCGGUGGAGGGCUUCAGCACCAAGAGCCAGCCUUGCACAUACGAUAAGAAGAAGUUCUGCAAGCCAGCUCUUGCUACUGCUCUCUUCAGUACAGCAUCCUUCUUGCUCGGGGCUGUCACCUCUGUGGUCUCUGGUUUCCUCGGGAUGAAAAUUGCAACCUAUGCUAACGCAAGAACAACGCUGGAAGCUAGAAAAGGUGUUGGGAAAGCUUUCAUUACAGCAUUCAGAUCGGGUGCAGUUAUGGGAUUUCUCCUUGCUGCAAAUGGGUUGUUGGUUCUGUAUAUUGCCAUUAACUUAUUCAAGCUCUACUAUGGCGAUGAUUGGGAAGGCCUUUUUGAGUCCAUCACUGGAUAUGGUCUUGGUGGUUCCUCCAUGGCUCUAUUCGGGAGAGUUGGUGGUGGCAUUUACACAAAGGCAGCUGAUGUUGGUGCAGAUCUUGUUGGAAAGGUUGAAAGGAACAUUCCAGAAGAUGACCCUCGAAAUCCUGCUGUGAUUGCUGAUAAUGUCGGCGAUAAUGUUGGAGAUAUUGCUGGAAUGGGAUCCGAUCUUUUUGGCUCUUAUGCUGAAUCAUCGUGUGCUGCUCUUGUUGUGGCUUCCAUAUCUUCUUUUGGCAACACCCAUGAUUUCACUGCAAUGAAUUAUCCACUACUUAUUAGCUCCAUGGGCAUUCUGGUUUGCUUAAUCACCACUCUUUUUGCUACCGACUUUUUUGAGAUAAAGAGUGUUGAGGAAAUCGAACCUGCAUUAAAGAAACAACUUAUUAUCUCUACUGUCCUUAUGACUAUCGGAGUUGCCAUUGUCACCUGGACGUGCCUUCCUUCAUCUUUCACUAUCUUCAACUUUGGUACUCAGAAAGUUGUGAAGAACUGGCAGCUAUUCCUUUGCGUUUGUGUUGGACUUUGGGCUGGACUUAUCAUUGGAUUCGUGACUGAGUAUUACACCAGCAACGCAUACAGCCCCGUGCAAGAUGUUGCCGAUUCCUGCAGAACUGGUGCGGCAACCAAUGUCAUAUUCGGCCUGGCCUUGGGAUAUAAAUCAGUUAUAAUUCCCAUUUUUGCCAUUGCAAUUAGCAUCUUUGUCAGUUUCAGCUUUGCGGCUAUGUACGGUAUUGCCGUUGCAGCUCUUGGAAUGCUAAGCACAAUCGCCACUGGGCUGGCCAUUGAUGCUUAUGGUCCCAUCAGUGAUAAUGCCGGAGGCAUAGCUGAGAUGGCCGGCAUGAGCCACCGGAUUCGUGAGAGAACUGAUGCACUUGAUGCAGCUGGGAACACCACUGCUGCCAUUGGGAAGGGAUUUGCUAUUGGAUCUGCCGCACUCGUCUCAUUGGCACUAUUUGGCGCCUUUGUCAGCCGAGCAGCGAUCUCAACAGUUGAUGUUUUAACCCCUAAAGUCUUCAUCGGUCUAAUCGUUGGUGCAAUGCUUCCGUACUGGUUCUCUGCCAUGACCAUGAAGAGCGUCGGCAGCGCCGCCUUGAAAAUGGUCGAGGAAGUUCGAAGGCAAUUCAACACUAUUCCAGGCCUCAUGGAGGGCCAUACCAAGCCAGAUUACGCCACAUGCGUGAAAAUCUCCACAGACGCUUCCAUUAAAGAGAUGAUUCCCCCUGGUGCUCUCGUCAUGCUCACCCCUCUGAUUGUCGGAACCUUCUUUGGCGUUGAGACCCUUUCUGGUGUACUUGCCGGUUCUCUUGUUUCUGGCGUCCAGAUUGCAAUAUCUGCGUCAAACACCGGUGGCGCAUGGGACAAUGCUAAGAAGUACAUUGAGGCUGGCGCAUCGAACCAUGCAAGAACCCUCGGCCCGAAGGGAUCGGAUGCGCACAAGGCAGCGGUCAUUGGCGACACCAUCGGCGACCCUCUCAAGGACACUUCCGGACCUUCGCUGAACAUCCUCAUCAAGCUGAUGGCAGUCGAGUCGCUCGUGUUUGCGCCCUUCUUCGCCACUCACGGCGGGCUGCUAUUCAAACUCUUCUGAGCGAGGCUUGUACUCGAUCGUUCUUCGACGCGACAAUCGAAGGUGUCUUGUCUUAAGUUUGUUUUGAUAAAAGCUUAUUACCAUUGAUAUAGUUAAAAAGAAGGCGUGUAGAACUCCAUUCUUGUCAAAGUUAUGGUAGCUUUUGUUUUGAGAUCAUUCACUCUUUGUAAGCAAACUUAGAAUUUGUAGUCUUUUUUUUUAUUUUUUUUCCCAUGUGACGGAAUUUGAUCGAUGGAUAAAUUUUGGUUGGAAAUUUGAA